AUGCGGGAAGUGCACGACACGAAAGAUGAACAGAAGACAGAGGAGACAAAAGCGUACUCGAAAGACGGAACAGAUCUGAUUGAAAUCGACGAGAUGUUAAAGCCACACGAAGGGCAUUUGCGAUACCGGUGGGAGAAGUUUCUGGAGGUGAAAGGCGCAAUCGAAAAAGCGAGCGGUUCUUUGUCUGCGUUCGCGGAUGGAUACAAAGAGUACGGGUUUUCGAAAAAGGAGGAUGGAACGAUCGUGUAUAAGGAAUGGAUGCCGGCGUGUAACCACGCGGCUUUAGUUGGGGACUUCAACGGUUGGAACGGCGAAGCGACGCCGAUGGCGCGAGACGAUUUCGGGAACUGGUCGUGCGAGUUACCGGCGGGGACGAUUCCGCACGAUUCCAGGGUGAAGAUUCGUUUUUUCAAGGACGGUGGACACGUGGAUAGAAUUCCGGCGUACAUCAGGUACGCGAGAGUGCCGCCGAACGAGAUGGGCGCGAAAUACGACGGGAUUUAUUGGGAUCCGCCGAAGGAAGAGCGACACGAGUGGAAGUUUAAGAAAGGUCCGAAGAAACCGUCGGCGCCGAGGAUUUACGAGGCGCACGUUGGUAUGUCCUCGAACGACCCGAAAGUUUCCACGUACAGAGAAUUCGCGGAUACGGUUUUACCCCGAAUCAAAGGCGGUGGCUACAACAGCGUACAAUUGAUGGCGGUAAUGGAACACGCGUAUUACGGCUCGUUCGGGUACCACGUGACGAAUUUUUUUGGCGUCUCUUCGAGGUCAGGCACCCCGGAGGAUUUCAAAUAUUUAGUCGACAAAGCGCACGAGCUUGGUGUACGGGUCAUCAUCGACGUCAUUCACUCGCACGCGAGUAAAAAUACCGAAGACGGUUUGGCCGGUUUCGACGUCGGGCAAAAAGCGGAAGACUCGUAUUUCGACGUCGGCGAGAAAGGGUACCAUUAUUUGUGGGAUUCUCGCUUGUUUAAAUACGACAACUGGGAAACGCAACGCUUGCUUUUAUCGAACGCGAAAUACUGGAUCGAAGAAUACGGCGUGGAUGGGUACAGAUUCGAUGGCGUGACGAGCAUGUUGUAUCACCACCACGGUUUGAAUAUGGAGUUCACUGGAAACUACGAGGAAUAUUUAGGCAUGAAUACGAACAUCGAUGCGGUCGUUUACCUCAUGCUCGUCAACGACAUGUUACAUUCCAACUACCCGGAAGUUGAAGUCUUUGCCGAAGACGUUUCUGGUAUGCCCACGUUGUGCAGAGACGUUCGCGAAAACGGCGUCGGCUUUGACGCUCGAUUGGCCAUGUCCAUACCGGACUUUUGGGUGAAAUACUUCAAAACGCGAAAAGACGAAGAUUGGGGCAUGCACGAAAUCAUUUCCACUCUGUGCAACCGCAGAUACUCAGAAAAAGCGAUCGCGUACGUCGAAUCGCACGAUCAAUCCAUCGUUGGCGAUAAAACAACCGCGUUUUGGCUCAUGGACGCCGAAAUGUACGGCCACAUGUCCGCGACGCAACCCAUCACCCCGAUCAUCGAAAGAGGCAUCGCGUUGCAUAAAAUGCUUCGUCUCAUCACCAUCGGUUUAGGUGGCGAAGGAUACCUCGCGUUCAUGGGCAACGAGUUCGGGCACCCAGAAUGGGUCGAUUUUCCUCGCGAAGGUAAUAACUGGUCCCACGACCACUGCCGACGCCGAUGGGACCUCGCCGACGCCGAGCAUUUACGAUACAAAGAUAUGAAGAACUUUGACCGCGAAAUGCUCAACAUCGAAGAUGGGUUCAAGUUUCUCUCCAACGGUCACCAACACGUCUCUACCGCGGACGAUAACCGCAAAAUUAUCGUCUUUGAAAGAGGCGACUUACUCUUCGUCUUUAACUUCAACCCGACGCAAGAUUUCGAAGGGUUGGAAAUCGGCGUCCCGAAACCGGGCAAAUACGUCUGCGUCUUGGACACGGACGAAGGCCAAUUCGGAGGUCGCAACAGAGUCGAUAAAGGCACCGAACACUUCACUUCGCCGGAAAAAAUCGAAAGUUGGGUCGGACCGUACCCGCAAGAGCCGAGAGAGUGCUCGAUGAAAGUGUUGAGUUGCUCGAGAACCGCGCAGGUGUACAGGAGAGUCGACGAGAGCGAGUUUAUGAAUAGCCACCCGGACGCCGCAGCCGUCGCGAGGUAA